AAAUUAUCCGUACCUAUCCUAUUAUAGCAACAAAAAAGAAUCUAACGUAGUUAAAGAGCCAAAGAAUGAAGUACAGCCUCUAACUAUUCAAAAUCAAAUUCCCAACGUACCGCCUAUGCAGAAUGAACAAUUACAUGAAAAUUUUAAUAAUCAAUAUUCUAACAUAAUUCAAUCGGUAGUGCCUCAACCGCCUUAUCCAGCAAGUAUAAUUUCGUCCUACCAAACAAAUCACCCCAGUCUUUAUUCCUAUAAUUUUCAAAAUCAUUAUCCAAAUUCUAGAUACCCGUAUGCAAACAUUGCCCUCCAAUUAGCGAAUUCGAAUCGGUUGAGCGGAACGAAUGGUGCUAAAUUGGACAUGGCAAAGAAUAAUGGCGUCAUUGAAUUAACAUUUACGCUCCAACCACAGCAACCUUUGGUUUAUAGCCCACUAGUCUAUGUAAAAUACGCUGUUCCAUACGAAACAUAUGUCAAGAACUUGAUUCAGGCGCGGCCGUACCUUCGACAGAACCCAACGAAACUCAUUCACGAAUUAUUGACCGUUGCAAAUAUAUCGGAUGCCUCACAGGAUUUGCAAAAAUUACCCAAAGAUUACAUUGCGAAACUAGUAACAGCUAAAGGCGCUCUUGUUAGAACUCAAGUUUUAAACGAGGGCAAUAAAACUGAUGCUAUAGAAGCAGAAAUCCAAAACAUAAUUCAUCUAGCUUCGAACUUAAGUUCAGAGCAACUGAUAAAGGCAACUAAUAGGGCAUUAGCAAAUGUCGAAGAUGUAGCUACUAAUUACAACACAACCCCGAUUGAAGCACAAGGGCAACGUAUUAGACAUAUUUCGGAAAGAGAGAAAAAUCAAUAUGUAAUACAUAACGGAAUAGUAAAACAAACAGAGGAGAAACGUAAUAAUGUUAAUCCAUACUAUCAAAGUAAUUCAAACCCGUAUGUCCCGUGGGUGAGAACAAAUAAUUAUUAUAAUUAUCAACAGAGAUCCAGCGCAACAGUACCACAGGUCAAUAACAUGCUUCCAGGCAUGAAUACUACCCGAGCACAAGUUACUAAUUUACUACCGGAGCAGUCCACCAAUAAUAAAACAGGUCUAACUAAUGACAAACAACAUAACGCUGUAUCAAAUCAGCAACCAGGACCGAUUGAGAAGGAAAAUUUACGUCUAUAUAAUGAACCAGUUCCGAUAAAGUAUCAAAAAUCACGUCAGGUGGACACUCCUCGAGAAAUUCAACAGCCAGGCCUAAUUAAUAAACAAUUGUCACAACAGAUGGAAAUUCCUCCAAAAGAGCUACAACAGACUGGCUCAAUCAACAAAAGACAAUUACGCCAUGUGGACAGUAUUUCAAUGAUUUUGCAACAGCCCGGCUUGGUCAAUAAACAACAACUACAGCAGAAGUAAUGAACAAUCAACGACCGGGUGAGAUGGACUAUUUAUGAAUAUAGCCAAUUAUUAAAAUAUCAAAAGAGACUCGGUAAACAAUUAUUAACAACUAGACAUGUCCAAUAUUCCCUAUAAUCUACAUUAUGCAAUUCCAGGUUCCAUUGUCCAAAAAUUUUUUAAAUAAAUUGUGAUGAGUA